AUUGGAAGUUGAAACUCCCCCAUUAGCCAUUCUGUUCCCAUCAAAUCAAACUCAAGCACACAAUCUUCUCUCUCUUGAGAGUUGCUGUUGGUGGAAGAACCGAAGAAGAAGAAGAAAGCAAGGAAGGAAGAUUAUCAACCAUGACGGGGAGAAACAUAGAUGUAUUACUAGCAAGCUCAAAUUCAUCAACUUAUUCAGAUCAAUUGUUAAUGUUCCCUCCUAAUUUCCCACUUGUUUCUUCCCUCCUUGCUAUCUCUCUUGCUCAAUUCCUCAAGAUCUUCACCUCUUGGUUCAAAGAAAAGAAAUGGGACUCUAAAAGGAUGCUCAGUUCCGGUGGCAUGCCAUCAUCACAUUCAGCAGGUGUGUCAGCUCUUGCUGUGGCAAUUGGUGUGCAAGAAGGAACAAGUGGAUCAGCAUUUGCUCUAGCUGUGGUUUUGGCAUGCGUUGUAUGUACUUCUUCACCAGAUGUGAUGUAUGAUGCCUCUGGUGUGAGACUUCAUGCUGGGCAUCAAGCUCAAUUAUUGAAUCAAAUUGUUUGUGAGCUGCCUCCUGAACAUCCUCUUUCUAAUUGUAAACCUCUACGAGACUCAUUGGGUCAUACUCCUCUGCAGGUUGCAGCAGGUGCUAUUUUGGGUUGUAUUGUUGCUUACCUUAUGCAGUUUUACCGAUAGGCGGCCCUAAAACUGAGCAACUACUGAUCUUGUAGCAACCGAAAGCGUCCCUGAGUAACAUGAGCAGUUUUUCUGGUCUGAUGAAGGCCUGUCAAGCUCAAGUAGCAAGACUUUCAUCAGUUUCGUCAGCCUCAUGUUGUUCGAACACAACUGAAUUAUAAAACAAUCACCCUUCAAGAUUUGUCCUAUAUAUAUAUAUAUAUAGUAGUAGUAGCAUUGUCUUGUUGAAAAUUUCUAGUUUCACCAAUUUUUUCUAGGGGCAGCCAAGUUUUAUCCCAAAGUUAACCAUUUGUAUCUAUUGUGUCUAUUUGGAAACUAGGAAAAAGUUGUAGAUAGAAGAACAAAUAUUGUUGUGUUCUAUGACUUCCAUCCGAAGUAUCAUUCUUGAAUUUUGAAUGUCAUAUGAAGUAGAAGUUUUUGUGGA